AUGGGGGACUCUACAGAGCGUCUUAGCAUGAAUCAUGAUGCUGCCGAACCUCGGGCCCUUCGCCAACGCCGGCCCAACUUCAAACAUAUCCAUCGCUUCCCCCUUCCCCUCACUGCCCACCCCCUCCCCACCUUAAUACCACAUAACCCUUUGUCACUCAUUAGCGUUGCACUUUCUUAUCUUACCUAUCUAAUUUCCUCGCCACCCCGUGAAUUGCAUGUCGCAUAUUUUGACUCUUCCACUUCUUCUAUUCAUGUUACAGAUCCAAAGGCCAUUCGCGCCUUGUGGGAAAUGGGAUUUUUUGGUAAGGGAAGCCUGAGCAGGAGUGAACCAACUUGGCUUGAACGAGAAAAAAGGAGAAAGGGUUUACUUGGAAUAAGCACCAGUGAGGAAGCCACGGGAAACAGGAGAACAGAACGGCGAGAACGGAAAUUAAAAAGGGCGCGGAAAGAGAAAGAGGCCAUUGCCGAGCAGCUCAGGACCGAAGCUGCGCAACUGACUGAAAUUGCAGACCCUCACGCUCAUAACAAGCCUGAUGGCAAGGCUUAUGAAAAUAUUGUUGCUAUCGGUUCGGGAUCAGCCUCGAUACCAGACGCUAUACCUGCUGGAGCUGAAAAUUUAAAAUCUGCGAGCAGCAAAAAUGUACAGUUCUCAUCAGUAGUAGAUACUAGGAACUUCCAAAAAGAAACAGCUAUGGAUAGCUUUCCCAGCUUUCCAGACCCCAAUUCCUUGCGAAUCGAAGAUGAAGAGCAUCUUCAGCUAUCCAAUGAAGAAGCAUUCUUUCUCGCAUAUGGCCUUGGCAUCCUGCAAAUCCACGACAACAUGAAUUCAACCAUCUCCGUUCCUCAGCUCCUGCAGCUAUUUCGUCGACAUUCUUACAUCCCCAUGAGAGACGAACGGCUGCCUUUGGAGCCCGAUGAUCGUUUCAUCAUCUCAUAUGUUGCCUAUCACCAUUUUCGAUCUCUGGGAUGGAUAGUGCGUUCUGGAGUCAAGUUUGGCGUAGACUUGCUCCUGUAUAAUCGUGGCCCUGUCUUCUCACAUGCAGAGUUUGCCGUCGUGGUCCUUCCUGCAUAUGACCAUCCAUACUGGAGGGAAACACGAGAAAGGCUAGAAGUAGUGGGCCGCAAACUCUCACGCAGCUGGUGGUGGCUACAUUGUGUGAAUAGAGUGCAAGCUCAAGUCAAGAAGACCCUGAUCCUAUGCUACGUGGAAAUACCACCUCCUUCAUCACAAUUACUACAUGAAAUGCUGGAAGAUGCCGACGUCACCGCAUUAUUGAAAUCGUAUAAUGUCCGUGAGAUCUGUAUCAAGCGCUGGGUUCCAAACAGAAGCCGUGAUUAA